CAAGUGGAGUGGGAUCAACACAAACAUAAUUCCGCGCUGCUUGGCUAGUUCCAUAUAACAAGUACGGGUAAAUUAAGACAUUCAAAACCAAGCAUGGAGAAUGAUACUAGUUUUCCCCAUAAAGAUGCCAACCCAGUGGUUUUCUUCGAUGUGGCCCUAGGAGGGGAGCCUCUUGGUCGUAUCAAGAUGGAGCUUUUUGCGAACGUCACUCCGCGCACGGCAGAAAACUUUCGCCAGUUCUGUACUGGAGAGAAUAAAAACGCCCAGGGGCGAUCCCAAGGAUACAAGAAUUGCAAAUUCCAUCGCGUGAUCAAAGAUUUUAUGAUCCAGGGAGGUGAUUUCAUAAAUGGCGACGGGACAGGUUCCUGCACCAUAUACGGAACAUCGAGGUUUGCGGACGAGAAUUUUGCGCUUAAGCAUAGACAUACAGGCAUGCUAAGCAUGGCGAACUCCGGCCCUAACACAAACGGGUGCCAAUUCUUCAUAACAACUACUGCCACCCCGUUUCUCGAUGGUAAGCAUGUUGUCUUUGGCCAGGUGGUAGACGGGAUGGAGAUCGUGCAUAUGAUCGAAAAUACACGCACAACUAGAGAUAAGCCCAACCAGGAUGUUGUCAUUAUACAAUGCGGUGAGAUGUGAUGAAGUGUAGUUCAUGCUGAAAAGUGGUUACAACAGAAUUCAAG